UACCUCUGUCCCAAGAAACGCUCAAAUUUUUCUUAAAAAUGUAUUUUCCUGUUGCAUCCGUGUUGCUUGCAUUCAUGGUUUUGGGUGUAGGUCAAUGCCAGUCAGACUGCAGUUACUAUAAUCUUAUAAAGAACUUGGAUCUGGAUAACAACUUAUUUGUUGUGCGCCCAACAAUGAACUGGACAAUUCCAACAAUUGUAUACGUGGACAUGUACUUACAUGCUAUCAUACACAUGGAUAUGAGUGAGCAGACUGUAACCUCGUUUAUAAGGUUUGUCAUGACCUGGACCAAUGACUUUAUUUCGUGGGACCCUAAUCAGUAUUGUGGAAUUGAUAAAGUAAUGAUUACUGGUGAGAAUCUCUGGGAACCAGACAUCAAUGUAUUUGAAACAACUGAAACAGAAGAUAACUAUCCCGUGACGGCAUAUUACACACUUCACUAUGAUGGAAAAAUCACUCAAGAAAAGCCAUUACGAGUUGUUAGCACGUGUAAUUUAGACAUGUUCAAAUUCCCCUUUGACAAACAGCUUUGUAACCUGACCUUCGUUUCUUUUCAGUACCCAGAGGCAGAAAUGGUAAUUUUACCAAAAUCCAAUGCCUCAACUGUGAAUAAAAACACAAAGAGUGUGUUUACAAAUAAAGGUGACUGGAUCCUUCAAGAUAUCUCGGUUAAUAACAGCGAAAUGGAAUAUGGGAGCCUUUCAUAUAGUUAUGUUGUCUAUGGGAUUUUAAUAGAGAGAUUCCCUCUAAUUUUUAUCAUGAACCUCAUCAUCCCAGCCUGCUUCAUGAUUGCUGUCGAUGUAUUCAGUAUGUUCAUGAGUUCGUAUAGUGAGAGGCUAAAAUUCAAAAUCACUGGGCUCUUAGGAUUCUCGGUGCUUUUGACGAUUCUGAAUGACAUGCUCCCUAAUUCUGACAGUCCACCAAUUUUGGGUAUAUUCUGCUGUGUAUGCAUGGCACUGAUGAUUUUCAGUAUAGCUGGCUGUGUGGGUAACGCCUACAUGAUGGACCUAUCUUUAAAAGAGAAACAUGUCCCUCAAUGGAUGAAAACAUUAAUUCUGCACUGUUUAGCAAGUUUACUGUACAUGAAGCCAAAUGCUGUAGAGAGCAAUCAAGUCACAGUCGUCAUAGAGAACACAGAUUCCCAUGAGACAAAUAAAGAAGGGUUUAAGAUGAAAAAUAGAUGGAAGAAGGAUUCACAAAAAGUAAAAAUCAGUCUGGAGGCACAGAUACUAACGAAGAUAUUGACAGAGAUUGAUAACAUUCGAGAAAACUCCAGGAAGCCUAGCAGCACAUUCAAUAUGGAGUCUGAGUGGAGAUUAAUUUAA